AAAUACUACUUUAUCCUAUUCUGAAUGAUCGCAGUUUUGUUUUUGUUUUUUUUUUUUUGACUUACAAAUCUAUUUAUCGUUUAUUUGUUUUAGCGGGAAAAUGCUCGCGUAAAAACUAGCCUGUUCGAGGCUCUCCAUCAUUAGGGACGAUCGGAAAAGCGGGCGGGCGACGGGCAGGGUCUUUUCUCUCUUGGAUCCCGCUCGUCGCUGAUCCCCCUCGUCGCCCGCUCGCUUUUUCGAUCGUCCCCACUGACCGAGAGCCUGGAAAAGGUUAGCAAAAACCAAAAGGAUAGCAGGAUCACAUUCACGCUUUUGCACGUCACCAUCUCAACCAAUCAGGCCCCAGUUCAAAGGGUGGGUAACACUAUCCAGUAGAUAGUGUAGUUUGUUUUGCCAACACUUAUCCACAGGAUAGCGAUUUAUCCGGUGGAUUUAUCCAGCCUUUGAACAACUGGGGCCAGAUGCAAAAGCAAAGCCAUUCUUACCGGUCAAGUGUGUUUUCCAGCACUUGGUAACAGUCAUGAUCGUUUGUUUUGCGUUCUCAUUGGUUUUAUUGUACUGGUUAUGUUGUUGCUGAAAUCAGCUCAGAAAAUGCUUUGUGUCUGAUAGCAACAAGAAAAGAAGAAGCUGAGCGUAAGGAAAAUGAAUCUGGAAAUCCGUUACGUUUCUUUACUGAAGGGGUUGAUGUAGACUGCAAAGAUGACGAACUGAACGCCAUUUUUUACACCAGAAGGGCGGCCUCUCAUUUUUCAAUGGGUAAUUUUUAUGAGGCAGUCAAGGACGCAAAACGUGCAAGAGCAUUCCACUAUUGUUAUCGAGGUGUAAGAGCAUUCCAGAAAUCUCCGAUACAAGCUAUUGUUACAGGAGCAAAGGCCUGUAAGGAACUUCAGUUGUAUGAAGAAGCAAUCAAGUGGUGCUGCGAUGGGUUGGCAAAGAUUGAUCGGGAAAACAAGACUUUGCAGGAAGUAAAAGGCAAGUCUAUUAAGGAUGAGGCUAAAUAUGAUGAUGCACAGAAACUCAACACGAAGACUGAAACUGAUGCAGUCAAGGAAAUAAACGACAGAAAAGGAAGCCUCUCAAGCAAAAUCAUUGGUGAAUGCAGAGGAAUAUCUCGUGGAGCUCGAAACGAUUUUGACCGUGCCCAGCUGUACCUUGUACUACCCACAAGUAGCAUCAAAAAGAAUAAAGACAGGGCGGUGGAGGGAAUAGUGCACGUGGCGGACGGUUUCCAAUUGUUCGCGAGUGGUGAGAAAGAAAAAGCAAUAUCGCGCUUCAACCAAGGUCUAGCUGUUUUCAGGGAAUUAGGAGACCGAAAAGGAGAAGAAAGUGUCGGUGUCAUUUUAGCGGCGGUCUAUCAGUCUUUAUCAUGGGAGUGCCAUUUUGCCCAUGAUUAUCAUCACGCAGAGGAAAACUUUAAACGCCGCGUGGUGAUUAUGAAGGAGACACGAUUGGCAGCAGCUCAGAAUGAGAGAAUAGGUGAGCCCCACUUCAACUUGUAUCAAGUUGGCAGGAACUUUAAAAAGGCCGAAGAGUACUACAGCGAGGAUCUUGCAGAUUGCAAAAAGAUGGGAGACAGACCUGGAGAGGCGCUUGCGUACCGGAAUCUUGGCGACACAUGUUACCUUACAGCCUUGGAUGAGGUACAUUGUUCAAACUACAUGCGAGACGCCAUGUCGCACUACAACGAGUAUCUAAACAUCUCCGUGGAACUUGGUGACAAAGGUAAAGAAGGCGAUGCAUAUCUUUCUAUUGGAAGAAUACACCAAUAUCUUGGUGAUCUCAAGAAAACCAAGCAAUGCUACAACAAAUGUUUAACCAUUUGUAAAGAAAUCAGAGACGUGGAAGGCGGAAAACAUGCUCUUCGCAAAUUAAGGUCUACGUUACUCAUUCGUGGUGACCUUAAGCAGGUGAUGCAAUUAAAUAAUCAAUCGCUUUUCAUUUCCAAGAAAAGUCACGACCACUUUCACGAAGCAGAAGCACUGAUAUAUCAAGGACACUGCUUGGCAGAGUGUAGAUUUUUUAGCGAUGCUGUUCUCUCCUAUCAGUCUUCUGUGGAAAAAGCAAAUUCCAUCCGAGACUGGAAUCUUUUGGAGGAUUGGAUGAAGAUCUCCAUACGACAUUUCUUUGGAAUUGCGUACGCCGCACUCUCUGCCACUCUACUCAGACUGGACAAGACAGAAGAAGCUUUGUUAACUGCUGAGAAGGGACGCGCACAAGCUCUAGCCGACCUGCUGGAAACACAGUAUGGUUUUGAAGCAUGUCACCAUGGCCAGGACUCCUCAGAAGUCUCACAGCGAGAAACAGCGAGUGAAUUGUUCACCUGCGCACCCGCCAACACUGUUUUUCUGGCCGUUUCCAAAAAUGUAAUCAAUGUGUGGCUACUGCAAGACGGAAAGCAAGUCCACUUCAGUCAGAGUAAUCUCACUGAAGACCAUUCCGAAGAUCCGAGCUCAAUGCUCGAGGAAACCUACAAAGAGGUUGGUGUUAAACGCAGAGUAAGAUGCGAAGAUAGGUCACUAGAUGCACUCCGCAACAAAGAUGGCUUGACAAUACAAAAGCCGACCGACUUGUCGCUUCUCAGUUUCCAAGAAAGUCUGCGUAACGGUAACAGAAAGGCACCACGCACGUCACCUCCUGUUCACAGAAAACGCCUCUCUGUCCUUUAUGACGCCGUUGUCGCUCCAGUUAUUCCCCACCUUCGUGGAAAUGAGCUCGUUAUUGUCCCCGAUGGUCAGUUCUUCCUAGUUCCUUUUGGUGCCUUACAAGAUACCGAGUCCCGCUACCUGUGCGAAUCGUUCAGCAUCCGUGUAAUUCCUUCCCUGACAUGUUUGAAGAUGAUCUUGGAUGCUCCAACCGAACACCACUGCAAACGCGGCGCUCUGGUUGUAGGAGAUCCGUGGGUGCAAGAAGUUGUAGACGAUGAAGGACGAAAACUACGUCAACUUCCGAGUGCCAGGAAAGAAGCGAAGAUGAUUGCAGCGAUUGUCAAGACUUCCCCUCUCAUUGGUUCAGAUGCUACGAAGGAAGCAGUGCUGAGCAGGCUCAACAACGUUGCGCUGAUACACCUUGCAGCACAUGGCAACUCUAAAGCCGGUGAGAUUGUAUUGGCUCCCAAUUUGUCGAGAAAAUCCAAGAUCCCCACUAAAGAGGAUUUCUUGCUGACCAUGCCAGAUGUGUUGAGUGUUGGCCUUAGAGCAAGACUUGUGGUGCUAAGCUGCUGCCAUAGUGGCCAAGGAGAGGUCUUUGACGAGGGCGUGGUCGGAAUAGCUCGAGCUUUUCUGGGUGCAGGGGCCCGUUCCGUCCUUGUGGCACUAUGGGCAAUUGACGACGACGCAACACUAGAGUUCAUGCGCGUGUUCUACAAACACCUGGCCCGAGGGAUGAAAGCCAGCCAAGCCUUGAACGGCGCCACAAACUACAUGAGGGAAUCAAGCCACAUGAGGGAAACAAAAGAUUUCGGUGCGACUUGCCACUGGGCCCCAUUUGUGCUGCUUGGAGAUGACGUGACACUAGACUGCUUUGAAGAGAAUGAAGACGUCUCGGAGCACACGUCUACAAGGUACAGUGAAGGGUUAUUAAACCAGUAAAAUGUUGUUACAAAACUGAAUUCCUCAGUCGUAGCCUCCAGCACAGACGUGUUACAAACUCCUCAUGCAAACAUGAAUUCGGCCAUAAACAAGAUCUAGCUAGAUUCCUCGGAGGGGGCGGGGAACUCCCAUAUGAAUAGGCCGGAAAUGCUCAUUGUCUCGCUUCUUUUACAGUACACUCGAUAAAAUAAAAAAGCUGUCAUUUCCAUUUUAAGUGUUAUCUUUUAGGGGUCAAAUAAAGCUCGAGCCACACCCGAAUCGGUCUCCUUUAGGGGCUUAAUUCAAAUUUUUUGAAGAGCAUCACUGACCUUUUCACAUGGCAGUAUCCAGAAGAGAUUCAUUUCAAUAAUCUACCUGUUAAGUCAAUAUCCGGCUAAAACAAAUGAGUUCACUGUUAAUGAGACCAUUCAAAUUAUACUUCCAUGUGGUACUGUUUAUUAUGCUGCCCGAGGUAGUUUUAACUUUUAAGUUUGUAGAUGAAGCCCUGGGGUUCAGCUGUUUUAAUGAAAGCUUUUGAGCAUUUCUUACAUGUAGUACUGUUUAUUAUGCUGCCAGAGGUAGUUUUAACUUUUAAGUUUGUAGAUGAACCCCUGGGGUGCAACUGUUCAAAUGAAAGCUUUUGAGCAUUUCUUACAUGUAGUACUGUUUAUUAUGCUGCACAGGGUUGUUCUAACUUUUAAGUCUGUACAUGACCCUCGGUUUUAUUUGAUACACUGGACAAGGUAGUUCUAACUUUCAAGUCUGUGACACAUCAAAUGAAGACAGUGAAAGCCAUCGGUCAAUUCCCAUACAGUACCAUUAGUAUGCUUUCAAGUUUGGAAAUGACGCCCCUUAUUUGAAUGAAUAACAAUAUUUCAUAAUGAUAGCAAUGUUUGUUUUGCAAUUUCUUUGUUUUGUUUUUGUUUUUCAGGAAAGACAAUUAAAGGGAACUUCUGCAUCAAGUGAACAUCUUGCUGUGACCCUGUAUUCACUUGGAAAGCAACUGAGACCCCCACUUAUAUUUAGUACAUGAACUAAGGAAAUAACUAAUUGUAAGCAUUUGUGAAGGUAUCUGAAAAUUAUAGGUAAUUGAGAAUUUGUGAAGUUGCAAAGCCAAUCUCAUAUGAACAUUAUGAAUUAUCAAUUUAAAUAACACACGUCAUAAAUUAAUUAUAAGGAUUUUUUUUACAUAAUCAGUUGUGACAAGAUUCGUAAGCAAAACGUCGGCAAUUAAUUACAUGCAAUUGUAGAUUUAGGAAGUUAAAUUUAUAUCAAAAAUGUCCACAAUCAAUUUUUGUACUGCUAUUUUUUCAAAAAGCAGGAAUUGGUGACAUUAAAAUUUCCUAAAAUAAGAGAUUUGUAGUCUAAGCACAAGUCAUUUUUCAAAUUUUUUAUUGAUUAGUAAUUAGGAACUAAUAAAUAUUCAGGGUUUCAUUAGGGGCAAAUUGACUGACUCUAAGGAUGAUUCUGGCCACUUGCUUUGACCUUCUAGGGAAAAGCUCCUCUUCAAAGGAAGUUUGGUUCAAAAGGUUUUGCCCAGCUGUGAAAACCAGUUUCCCUCCUACUGAAAAUGUUACGGAAACGCCAUGAAAUAUUACUGAUUAUUGAUUUAGUCUUAUUGAAGUUAAUGAACAGUGAGGCUGUAAGUUUUCUAGUCUAGUCAGUACCUGUAAUUUUUGUCAACUUAAUAUGGUAACAGUAAUAAACAAAUUCAAAUCACGUUGCGUAUUUUUAUAUGAAAUUGGGAAGGUACUUGUUUAUUUAUUUAUUUAUUUUUUUGCAGAUAUUUACAAUGUUAACCUUAUCUUUGAUUAAAGGGGCUAGGUCAUGUAAUUUUAGGCAAUUUCAGCACUGAUCAAAUGGUCAUAGAAUUCACUAAAAUAUCACAAAACGGCUCAAAACUAUAGAAGAUCUCAAACAAAACACAGGAAAGCCAAGAAGGGACAUGGAUGGACAAAACUGGAGAGGAUUAAAAUGCAUUGCAUUUGGGUACAUUUGAAAAACAUCGGCCCACCUUUUUUCAAAUUUAUAUCAGUUUAUGUCAAAAUGUCAUUUACACAGCUGGAAAAUCAUUCCCAGUUGUUAUGUGGCCGUGAUUUUGCAAAUGAAAGACUCUUGAUCUGCCAAUUUGAUGUUUAGAGCUCAUAAUUAACAAAAUUAAACAGAAUAACCUAAAAUAGCGUGACCUAGCCCCUUUAAGCCUGUCCAAAUGGGAAAUGUUUGGCAAUUAAACACGAUCAAACUUUGUUUGGAGGCACGGUGGCCUCAUGGUUAGUGUGCUUGUCCCCGGAUUGAGCAGUCCGGGUUCAAACCCUGGCCGGGGAC